AUGAGACACGGUCUCCGCCACUCCUCCCCGCUCUGGAGUUCAAGUCGCGAUUGUCCCAACCUCAAGUGUAUCACCCAACCUCCUCUUACUCCGCCUCCUCUGGAUACUGGAACUGAGAAAUCUGACUACUGCCGUCCAAGGCCUCCACGCUUCUCUUGCUUGCUUGGAGUCACAUAUAAGUGCAUUCACACUUGUCCAGAAUCAGAAAGGCAGCGCAGUUAUAGCUGUGGGAAUAUUAAGAGUUGUGUUCGUUCAUUCCCGCCACUGCACUGUAGCUUUGUCUCGAUGUCCGUGCUCCUCUUCCGCGGCUUAGCAUUGACCGCGGAAGUGGGGCCGAGGCGUCGUGAGGGCUGGAAGGGGUCGCCAUGGGCCCGCCCUCCUCCAUCGUGGCGGAGAUUGACACGACGCCCUUCAAAUCAGCGGACGACUCUUCCAAUGGCACUAAGGGCUUCAAGUACUCCUACGCCGUGUAUCCGAAGUAUCUGCCGCCCCCGGAUACCGCCCCAUGUGUCCACGCCCAGGGGCCACGUCGGGGAAGUGGAGUAUGGCAUCGAGGAGGGUGGUAGUAGUGGCCUGCUCGAGUUCCGCGUGGCCACGACGGUCUCCUGGGACGCUGCUGUAUCCCGCUGGAGUGACGCGCCACCCUGGAGCACCGCCUCGUCCUGGAACCAGAGUCUUGGGGAACCGAACCACAACGUGACGCUGUACGAAGAAGGCGAGGAAGGCUCCGGAUGGUGGGCUGACGGGGCGGGGCAUGAGGCGGACGAGUGGAGUCCGGGACUGCUGGCCAUCACGGGACUCGCCCUCUACACGCUGGCUCUUUGUACCGCCGUCGGGAACGCUCUUGUGAUCCACGCCAUCAGGACGGAAAAAAAGACUGCAGACGGUGGUCAUCCACUCUUUCAGGUCUCCAAUUUGUUCAUCAUGAGUCUGGCCGCCGCAGACCUCACCGUGGGAGUCAUCGUAAUGCCCAUAAGCGCCGCCUACGCCAUGAUGGGUGAGUGGCGCCUGGGCCUGGCGGUGUGUCAGUUCUGGCUGGCCGCAGACUACACGGCCUCCACCGCCUCCAUCUUUAACCUGGUGAUCCUGUCCCUGGACCGCUACUGGUCCAUCACGGCGCCGCUGCGAUACUUGCGGCGACGGACGCGGCGGCGAGCCUGGGUCAUGAUCGGCGCCUCGUGGGACCGCGGCGACAGCCGCUGGUGCCCGGUGCUGGCGUGGCACCACCUGGCCCUCGGCGGCGUGAGGCACCACCCACCACACGUAUGCGAGACUGAGUUUUCCAACAGUGCCGCCUUCAAGGCCGUGACCGCAGCGCUCAACUUCUACCUGCCCACGGCGCUCAUGCUGUACCUGUACUGCCGCAUCUUCCGCGAGGUGCAGACCCGCCAGGCACUGGGCCGCGUCCCCUUCACCAGCCACGAUAUUCCCACGGACUCCUGCAGCGAAGCAGAGCGAGGAGGGUCACGUCCCCCCACCUUCUGCCCAAUAACCGCCUGGGACCGCACCAGAAUCACAUACAUUGCUACCAAAGCAGCACGCGGCCCCACUCCACCUGGGACCCCUCUGCUUCCUCGCUGCAGCGGCCGCGGGACCAGAAGUGGAACAGCAGCUGGCGCCUUGGCAGCCUCGACAAUAGCGGCCAGCACUCCAGCGCCCACGCCUCCAGCAGCUCCUCCAACGGCACCAGGAAGAAAGCGUGCCGCCGGUGGUGGCAGCGGCGGGGCGGGGCGGCGCGUGGAGAGCAGCGUCAACCUGGUGAAGGAACGGAAGGCGGCGCGGCAGCUGGGGGUGAUUGUUGGGGCGUUCAUGGCCUGCUGGGUGCCCUACUUCACCCUCUUCCUCAUCAUGGCGAUGUGCGAGACCUGCGUGCCCGCGCACGUGUACACCGCCACCAUCUGGCUCGGCUACCUCAACUCGGCGCUCAACCCGGUGCUCUACCCUCUCUGUAACCACAACUUCCGCCGCGCCUUUGCCAGGAUGCUGCGCCUGCCCGCCCGCAAGACCUCCACACAGCCCAAUGCCCACAGACUGCCCACCAUCGCUGCCCGACACUGACCCCGACGACAACCGACAGUGACACACACACACACACACACACACACACACACACACACACACACACACACACACACACACACACACACACACACACACACACACACACACACACACACACACACACGCACACAC